AUUUUCUAGUGUUCUGGAUUUUUCUGUUGGCUUACUCUGUUUGUUUUGGACUGUGUUAUCUUGGAUUACCUGAACUCAGCCGCUCUUGGUGAAUGUGGCCCAGCAGGACCAAUGGGGGAGCCUGGUCUAAAAGGUAACAAGGGAGACAGGGGGGAACCAGGCUUGUCGGGUGAACCAAGACCCCCAGGACCCAAGGGGGAGCCAGGACUACCAGGCAUCACCGGACUAGUUGGGCCACCAGGACCAAAGUACAAUAGCCUUGUACGACAAAUGUCCAUUAGCACAAUGUUAGCCACUGCAGCUAUACUGGUCCAGUCAAGCAGACUGCAACGUCACUAAACAAAGGAGCGGUCAACAGCAAGAUGUCUGGAGGGCUGAACUGUAACCUGUUGCCACUUUACAUGAACUAUUGCAUAUUUGCUGUGAUAUUACUAUCACAGAAGCAGCAGAAUACAGCAACCAAGUACAGACAAUAUUAUAUAAUAUAUUUAUGAAAAAUGGGAAAGAAUGUAAUUCCACAUUUAUGUUGAAUUUAAAUGUCUGAAUUAAAUAAACUCUAUAGUCGAG